AUGGCGCUGUUCAGACGAUUAUUUUAUCGGAAGCCGCCGGAUCGGCUUCUCGAGAUCUCCGAACGGGUGUAUGUUUUUGAUUGCUGCUUCUCCACCGAUGUCUUGGAAGAAGACGAGUACAAAGUAUACUUGGGUGGCAUUGUAGCACAAUUACAAGACUACUUUCCAGAUGCUUCUUUCAUGGUGUUUAACUUUAGAGAAGGGGAGAGGCGGAGCCAAAUUUCAGACGUGCUGUCUCAGUAUGACAUGACAGUUAUGGAUUACCCUCGGCAAUAUGAGGGUUGCCCACUGUUGCCACUAGAGAUGAUUCAUCACUUCCUUCGAUCAAGUGAAAGUUGGUUGUCAUUGGAGGGGCAACAGAAUGUGCUGUUGAUGCACUGUGAAAGAGGAGGAUGGCCUGUCCUUGCGUUUAUGCUUGCAGGUCUUCUGCUAUACCGUAAGCAAUACAAUGGGGAGCAGAAGACUCUUGAAAUGGUUUACAAGCAAGCUCCUAGGGAACUUCUCCAUCUUUUGUCUCCUUUAAACCCACAGCCUUCGCAGCUGAGAUAUCUUCAAUACAUUUCACGAAGAAAUUUGGGAUCUGACUGGCCUCCAUCAGAUACACCUUUACUUUUGGAUUGUCUGAUACUUAGAAACCUUCCACUUUUUGAUGAUGGAAAAGGUUGCAGGCCUUUCAUACGUGUUUAUGGUCAAGACCCUUCCACACCGGCUAACAGAACUUCUAAGCUUCUCUUUUCAACUUUAAAGAAUGAAAAGAAUACCCACCUCUAUGUACAGGCAGAGUGUGUGCUGGUAAAAAUUGAUAUUCGUUGCCGUGUUCGAGGGGAUGUGGUUCUUGAAUGCAUCCACCUGGAUGAAGAUCUCGUUCGUGAGGAGAUGAUGCUCAGGGUUAUGUUCCACACAACAUUUGUACGGUCAAAUAUAUUGAUGCUUGGCCGUGAUGAUAUUGAUAUUCUUUGGGAUGCCAAGGAUCAGUUCUCAAAGGACUUUAGAGCAGAGGUACUUUUUCUGGACGCUGAUGCUGUUGUGCCUAAUCUCACCACAGUUGUGGCAAGUGAAGAUGGAAAUGAGACAGGGAGUGCUUCACCUGAAGAAUUUUUUGAGGUGGAAGAGAUCUUUAGCAAUGUAAUGGAUGCACAGGAAGUGAAGGUGGACUUCCACACGUCCAUGACUCACAACAAUACUCUCAAAGAUAUAGAUCGGAAAGAAGUCUGGAAGGAGGAUUUAGAUCCUCAUGCAUUCCUAGACUGUACGUCAGAUGAUGGGAAACACAAAAAGGACAGAAAGGUGGAUUCUAAUAUUGAUGCGGUGAAGGACAUUGCUGUUGACGACGUGAAGUACAAGCUGGAUGAGGUGGAUUCAAAUCUCGAUGCAGUGAAAGACAUUGCUGUGGAUGAUGGAGAUAUGAAGUCAAAUUCCAUCCUGAUUGCUGCUGAUGUGCAGAAUCAAACUGGAACUAAGGAAGUGGUAGAAGAGGUGUGUCGGAAAUUGGAAGAGAUGGAAGAUAUAAUUAAUGAAGAAGACUCGGCCAUACAGAAGAGGUUUGAGACCAAGAUUUCACAACAAAAAGUGAGUGCUGAGGUCUCUAGACAAAAAGCUGAGAAAUUGCAGCCACCUGCUUCUAGGAAACAGCCUUCAUCGAACACAAAAGUAGCUGCAGAAACAACUGUAGCAAAACAGAAGACUAAACAACUAGAAACUCAGGGUCCUUCGGCAAAAGUAGCUAAACCAAACGCAGUAUCUAGGUGGAUUCCCCCUAACAAAGGCUCUUAUACUAAUUCAAUGCAUGUUUCAUAUCCACCAUCAAGAUAUAAUAGUGCACCAGCUGCUUUUGCAAGUACUGCUUCUUCAAAAGAUACAAAUGCAAAUGCUAAAUUGAAGGCUUCUUCUGUUAAUACUGCUUCUGGGACUGUAGUUUUGAAGGAUGUGGAAAAUGAACCUAAACAUGGUAAGGUGGAUGCUUUGAAGCCUUCAAAGUCUGCACCAGAGACACUUACGGAGACACUUACGGAGACACUUACAUCCUGCUUGCCAUCAACACUACCACCAAUUCAAGAGACAGAGUCUUCCUCUAUUUCAACAGCACAUGUUGGCCUACAACAAGUAGUGCCCCCUCCACCUCCGCCUCCGCCUCCGCCUCCACCUAUGUCUCACAUCUCUUCAUUGUACACGCACCCUCCUAAGUCUUUGUCACCAGCUACCUCAUUGUCACGGGUGGCUGCAAUAGCAGCAACUCCACCUCCUCCUCCUCCUCCACCACCACCCCCACCUCCACCUCCACCUCCACCUCCACCUUUUUCUGCUCCAUCAUCUAGCAGGCAGAAUACUGGUAUAGCUUUGCCCCUUGCACCUCCACCUCCACCUCCACCUCCCCCUCCCUUGCAAUCUGGUGGGCAGAAUAGUGGCACCAUAUUGCCUUCACAGCCUUCUUCAUCUCUUUGGAAGGUUGGGUACUCUUCAGCUGCUCGUGUUAUGGUGGCAACGUCUCAAAAUUCACCGCCUCCCCCUCCCCCUCCACCUCCUUUUGUUGUAAGUACAUUGAAACCUCUUGGAGUUGAAGUACCUACCCCACCUCCACCACCACCGCCACCACCACAUGCUCGUGUUACUCCACCUCCUCCUCCACCGCGGCCUCCUAUGGCUGGAGUAUCAUCUACUCCACCUCCACCGCCCCCACCUCCUUUGUAUGGAGCUCCACCACCACCACCACCACCACCACCACCUCCAAUGCAAGGAGCUCCACCCCCUCCACCACCACCACCUCCAAUGCAAGGAGCUCCACCCCCUCCACUACCACCUCCUUUACGUGGAACUCCACCUCCACCACCCCCACCACCAUUUUCAGUACAUGGAGCACCUCCACCACCACCACCACCUCCAAUGCAUGGAGCCCCACCUCCACCACCCCCUCCAAUGCGUGGAGCCCCACCUCCACCGCCCCCUCCAAUGCAUGGGGGACCACCUCCCCCACCUUCAGGGCAUGGUGCACCUCCUCCUCCUCCACCUCCUGGUGGAGGUCGCCCUCCUCCACUGCCUGGAGCACCACCUCCGCCACCACCUCCAGGAGGUCGUGGUCCUGGGCCUCCUGCUCCACCUGGUCCUCCAGGUGGUGCUCCACCACCUCCAGGAGGUCGUGGUCUUGGGCCUCCUGGGAGAGGGCGCGGACGUGGGAUUGGGGCUGCUGCCACAGCGCCUCGAAGGUCCUCCUUGAAACCACUACAUUGGAGCAAGGUGACAAGGGCGUUGCAAGGAAGCCUGUGGGAAGAACUGCAAAGACAUGGAGAGACUCAAACUGCGCCAGAAUUUGACGUAUCAGAGAUAGAGAGCCUUUUCUCUACUACAGUUCCAAAACCUGCUGAUUCAGGAGGUAAAUCUGGUGGGCGCCGCAAGUCUGCUGGUUCCAAAACUGAAAAAGUCCACCUGAUUGACCUGAGAAGGGCAAACAACACUGAAAUUAUGCUUACAAAAGUAAAGAUGCCGCUCUCUGAUAUGAUGGCUGCAGUUUUAGCAAUGGAUGAGUCAGUAUUAGAUGUUGAUCAGGUGGAAAAUUUAAUCAAAUUUUGUCCUACUAAAGAGGAGAUGGAACUUCUCAAGAAUUACACUGGUGACAAGGAGACGCUGGGGAAGUGUGAACAGUACUUUUUGGAAUUGAUGAAAGUGCCUCGGGUGGAGUCAAAGUUGAGAGUAUUUUCUUUCAAGAUUCAGUUCGGCUCUCAGGUUUCGGAAUUCAAAAAAAGUUUAAACACAGUAAACUCUGCAUGCGAGGAGGUUCGGAACUCUGGCAAGUUGAAGGAAAUUAUGAAGAGUAUUCUUUUUCUGGGGAACACACUGAACCAAGGAACUGCAAGGGGUUCUGCUGUUGGGUUCAAAUUGGACAGUCUACCGAAGCUCUAUGAUACACGUUCCAGUAAUAGUAAGAUGACACUCAUGCAUUAUCUUUGUAAGACCCUUGCUUCUAAAUCACCAGGACUUCUUGAUUUUCAUCGGGACCUUGUCAGCCUUGAACCUGCAACAAAGAUACAAUUGAAGUCUUUAGCAGAAGAAAUGCAAGCUAUAAUCAAGGGGUUAGAAAAGGUCAAGCAGGAGCUGGGGGCAUCAGAAAAUGAUGGCCCUGUGUCAGAGGUUUUCCGUAAGACAUUGAAAGAGUUCACUACUGUUGCUGAGACCGAAGUGGCAUCUGUGACAAACCUAUAUUCUGUGGUGGGUAGAAAUGCAGAUGCACUUGCAUUAUAUUUUGGCGAGGAUCCUGCCCGUUGUCCAUUUGAGCAAGUUACUGCAAUUCUCUCAAAUUUUGUUAAGUUGUUUCGGAAAGCACACGAAGAGAAUUGCAAACAGGCUGAAAUGGAGAAGAAGAAAGCAGAGAAGGAAGCUGAAAUGGAAAAAGCCAAGGGCAUUAAUCUCACAAAAAAGGCAACAAAAUAG